AUGGCCGAACAAAGCUCACAAGCAACCGGCGCCCCUCCACCUCUCGGCCUACGCGCCUCGCGUCUACACCAAGUCUUCGACCAAGCGCUCGCUCGCACGCUUCGCGCAAAUUCAUUCGCCAACUUCGCGAGCUGCUUCCCGACACCUUCGCGACAUGUGCCAGCCAGCCUGGAGAAUGUUUGGAGACAGCUGAAUGCGAAGUUGGAGGAGAGUGCGAAGGCGGAGUUUGAGGAGAUCAUUGCGGAGAGGGAGGCGGUGGGACAUUUGAAUGAGCUUGAUCGGCUUGUUAACGAGGCGAGGGAGAGGAAGAAUGCUGAGGGGAAGAAUGGGGAGGGUCAGAAGACUGGUAAUGCACCGCAUACGCUUGGCGCAGAUGAGCUUUUCAAGGCGCAUUUGACGCCUUAUCUUCAGGAGGUGCAGUCGAGUUUGAAUGAGAAGCUUGAGGAGACGCAUGUUCAGAAUGCGGAGCUUGCGCAGACGGUUCAGAAGCAGCGGUUGGAGAUUGAGCAGCUUCUUUCGCAUCUUGAGUCUGUUGUUUCGGAUAUUGAGGGUGCUGCAACUGCUUCUACAAACUUCAGUGCUGAGAAUCAUCUUCGUGAGGAUGCGGUUCAGAUGGAUGAGGAGCUUAAUGUCCGGCCUGGUUUGUGA